ACGCGACUGCUUUCUUCACCACACCUCUGACCGGACAGGACAGGGAGGGAAGGUAGAGGACAGCCGGUGUGCAUUCCAACCGUCAGAACCAUUGUCAUUGUACCAUUGGGGUUCAGGAGUGACAGAAAGUUAAGACGACUCUUCAGGCUUGGGUUGAGCAAGAGGCAGGACCCAGAACUGGGACAUGGAGCUACUAUCGCCGCCACUCCGGGACACAGACUUGCUAGGCCCUGACGGCUCUCUCUGCUCCUUUGCGACAGCCGAUGACUUCUAUGAUGAUCCGUGUUUCGACUCACCAGACCUGCGCUUUUUUGAGGACCUGGACCCGCGCCUGGUGCACGUGGGAGCCCUCCUGAAGCCGGAGGAGCACGCACACUUCCCCACUACGGUGCACCCAGGCCCAGGCGCUCGCGAGGAUGAGCAUGUGCGCGCGCCCAGCGGGCACCACCAGGCGGGUCGCUGCUUGCUGUGGGCCUGCAAGGCGUGCAAGCGCAAGACCACUAACGCUGAUCGCCGCAAGGCCGCCACCAUGCGUGAGCGGCGCCGCCUGAGCAAAGUGAACGAGGCCUUCGAGACGCUUAAGCGCUGCACGUCCAGCAACCCGAACCAGCGGCUACCCAAGGUGGAGAUCCUGCGCAACGCCAUCCGCUACAUUGAAGGUCUGCAGGCUCUGCUGCGCGACCAGGACGCCGCGCCCCCUGGCGCCGCUGCCUUCUACGCACCUGGCCCGCUGCCCCCAGGCCGUGGCAGUGAGCACUACAGCGGCGACUCAGACGCGUCCAGCCCGCGCUCCAACUGCUCUGAUGGCAUGAUGGAUUACAGCGGCCCCCAAAGCCCCCGGCGGCAGAAUGGCUACGACGCCGCCUACUACAGUGAGGCGUCCAGCGAGCCCAGACCAGGGAAGAGUGCGGCUGUGUCGAGCCUCGACUGCCUGUCCAGCAUAGUGGAGCGCAUCUCCACAGACAGCCCUGCUGCGCCUUCGCUGCUUUUGCCAGAUGCGCCACCAGAGUCGCCUCCUGGCCCGCCAGAGGAGACAUCCUCAAGCGAUGCAGGACAGGGGACCCAGACCCCUUCUCCUGACUCCACCCCUCAGUGUCCUGCAGGCUCAAAGCCCAAUCCGAUUUACCAGGUGCUCUGA